AUGUCGAUCGAGGGUUCUGAACAUGUUCCGACUGUCCCGCUCGGAAGAAAACAUUUGACAAUCCGAGCAGACCGUACCACCGUGUGGGCAGAAGAAACUUACAGUAUUACUUGUCCGACAAAUUAUAAGUAUAAGUCAGUUUGGUUGAGGAAGAACAAAAAUUAUAUUGCUUCAAAUCGUGGUAAACCAUGUCAUUUCGAGAAUGAUGUCAAAAGAUCGGACUACAGAUGUACAGCAAAAUCUUUUGGCUCUGGUUAUGUCUUGAAGUUAACGGUUGUGAAGGCUGAAGAUUUUUCAACGACAAUACAAUGGAGUUGUGUAGGGGUUUAUGGUCGAUUGUCAAACACAAAAUCUCUUCACAUAAGAGUUGUAAGAAAUGUUUCAGAUUUGCCACCCAUGUCUGACCAAUCCGCCUUAGAUGACACGACGAUUAUGCUAAUAACUGUAUGCAGUUCUGUUGCGGCCAUGGUUCUGUUUUUCACAAUGAUAAUCGGGAUGUAUAUGCAUAAUAAACCAAACGUAGAUCAAGCUCAAGGUCCUAUCAGGUCAUUAGCUAAAGAACAUGAUGGAUUUCCAGCUAACAACGACUACUCUAUUGCUCAGCGCCCAUCAUCACUCAAAUAUGAUUGGACAAUUGGAGAUCAAGAUUUUGAUAGUUCUUAUGACGCAGAUCCCAUUGAAGACACGCCAGAAAACAUCUAUCGAAACUUCAACGCCAGCAUGGAUUAUGGGGUCGUUAACAAGCCGGAUUCGUGGACUGAUAGAGAUCCGGAUUACAAUUCAAAUACAUUCUACGGGGAUGCUGUAUCAAAUAAUCCGAAUUUUGAUCCUGACAAGAUUUACGGAUUAGUAAAUAAAAGCCAACACUAACAAUAUAAAGGCGAGGGUCUAAAAAAUAAGAACAAGCAAAACAAUUCCAAUAACCAAAAAUCUUGUCCGAAGCAAGACAAAAUCGAGAGCAAUAGUUGUAUAGUUGUGGACUCCUCAAACGAGAAGCACCAUCAGGAUACCGGUGUUGUGAACGAUGUCGAAUGAUAGACACAAUAGAAUCCGGAUGACGUAAUCUCACACCGUUCACUUUUUGUAAAUAUAAGUCAUUAUUUUU